AUGAUUUUGGAAUGUUGGGUUGUAUGGCACAACGGUCUGCCACUUCCAGUUGUGGACAGUCCAGAACAGGAGAACUGUCCACCUCCUGACGUCCCGAUGCCUGAGGCUCAACGAACCUCUCGCCUGGAGGUUGGUCAAGAUUGCAAGAUAGCCACAAGUGGUGAAGUCCUACGCACUCUGCCUUGCCAUGCCUCUUCUCACGUCUCUAAACGCACUAUCGCUGAGGUGGGACUUAGUGACGAUGAAAACACCAAUGUCAAUUGUAUUGGCGGUGGUAGUCGGGGCAACGCCGGG